AUGGCUCUUGCUCCAAGCAAAAUAUUUUCUGGCUACAGGGCAUUAGGAUUUGUUAGCAACCACAUUCCUCUUGUUACACGUUACCACAAACGGCACAAAGACAACUACAUUGUCACAUGUGUGGGACAGGCAUUUCAUGUUUAUAAUGCGAGCAAACUUGGGAUUGUUGCAGUCAGUGAUCUCCAUCCAGAUGAUAUUAGUGUCCUUGCAGCCGAUCAUCGUUUCAUCUUUACAGCAGCAGGAAACAAUGUGUUUGCUGUGAAAAGAAAUAAGAAGAUUGAAAAGACCUAUAAAGGUCAUAAUACAGAUGUGAUUCUUCUUCUUCCAUUUGGACCUCAUUUGAUUUCAAUUGAUGGUGAUGGAUUUCUUAUUGUUUGGGAAAUAAGCUCUGAAGAAAAGUACCUUCAGAUGAAGUUUGACCCCGAAGCAUUCUCAGUGACAGCUAUAGCACAUCCUCAUACUUAUGUGAACAAGAUUCUACUGGGCAGUAAGCAAGGUUCCCUGCAGUUAUGGAACAUUCAUACAAACAAACUCAUCUAUUCAUUUCCUGGCUGGGGGAGCAGUGUCACAACAAUUCAGCAGUCAACAGCCAUUGAUGUCAUGGCAAUUGGUUUGGCUGAUGGGCAGAUCAUUCUGCAUAAUUUGGCAGUGGACAAAACUGUGGCUAAAUUCAAGCAAGAAUAUGGACCGGUCACUGUAAUAGGAUUCAGAACAGAUGGCCAUCCAAUAAUGGUGACGGGAAGCAGUGCCGGCCACAUUGCAUUGUGGAAUUUGGAGAACAGAAAGUUACAUAGUUACAUGAAGGAGGCUCAUUGUGCUUCAGUAACUGGUUUGGUUUGCUUGCCUUCGGAACCAAUAAUGGUUACAUCAGCUGGAGAUAAUUCACUGAAGGUUUGGAUUUUUGACACGGCUGAUGGUGGAGCUAGAUUGUUAAGAAUGCGUGAAGGCCACAGUGCACCACCUACCUGUAUCCAGUUUUAUGGAAAUGAUGGACAUACAAUUCUCAGUGCAGGGCAAGAUAGUACAAUGAGGGCAUUCUCCACAGUACAUGACAAGCACAAUAAAAGUCUGGGUAGAGCUUCAUAUUAUAAGAAGGCUUCCAAAAGGGCAGGUCUAAAGUUAGACAAACAUAAGAUGCCACCAAUCAUCAAGUUUGCUGCAGAACCAAACAGAGAAAGUGAUUGGGAUAACAUCAUUGCUUGCCAUCGAUCACUAAAUAUUGUUUCAUCUUGGAGCUUCCAGAGGUCGACAAUGGGGAAACACAUGUUUUCACACCCACGUUUUAGUCAAGAUGUCAUGGAACAUCCUGUAACGGCAACGGCAGUGGAGAUAUCUCCUUGUGGAAACUUUGCUUUCAUUGGCUACAGUAGCGGCCAUGUUGAUGUGUACAAUCUGCAGUCUGGUAUCCAUAGAGGAAGCUAUGGUAAUCCUCAAGCUCAUGAUGUGACUGUGAGAGGAAUUGCAUGUGAUGCGCUCAAUCAGAAAAUUGUUACAGCUGGUGCUGAUGGCACUCUUUGCUUCUGGAGAUGUAAAGGAAAGCAGUUACUUGGAGAUUUGAAAAUGUACGCCUUCGUAUCUGAAAUAUUAUUACACAGGGACAGUUCAAUGCUGGCAGUAUCACUAGAUGAUUUCACAAUCAGCAUAGUUGAUAUUGAUACAAGGCGGGCUGUAAGACAGUUUGCGGGACAUUCUUCUGCUGUAACAAACAUGACAUUCCGGGCUGAUGGCAGAUGGCUUAUUUCUGCUAGCAUGGACUGUACAAUUGCCACUUGGAAUGUGCCCACUGGCAAGUUAAUUGAUGUCUUCAUCCUGAGAUCUGCUCCAACAUCAAUCAGUAUUUCUCCUUGUGGAAGUUUUCUUGCAACUACACAUAUUGGGGAUGUUGGCGUUUACCUAUGGUCCAAUCGCACUCUGUACACUCAUGUAUCUCUGACACCUCUGCCACCAGAUUAUAAACCCCUGCUUGCAGAGCUGCCAGGAACAGCAGCAACUGAUUCAGAAGGCGUGGAAGUCACGGACAAAGCAGAAGACGAUGAGUAUAAGUCAGUUGAACAAAUAUCAGAUGAGCUUGUGACUUUAUCAUUGCUUCCUGCAUCACGGUGGUUGAACUUGUUGAAUCUGGAUGUUAUUAAGAUGAGAAACAAGCCAAAAGAACCGCCAAAAGUUCCAAAGGCAGCUCCAUUCUUCCUGCCCACAGUUGCAGGUUUAGUACCAAAGUUUGAUGUUCAACAAGACAGCACUUCACCAUCACAGGCGGACAGUCAUGUGAAGAAACCUCAGCUCGGAGCAUUGUCUGAUCUGGCUGUGAUCUUGACAAAAGCACAUAACAGUGGCUGCUAUUCAGAUGUUCUGAAAGCACUGAAAGAAAUGGGACCUUCAGCAAUUGAUAGAGAAAUUCGAACCUUGUGUGCUGAAGAAGGUGGCAGUGAUGAGGUGAUGCUGUACUUUUUAGAGUUUGUUGACGCUGUUCUGAGAUCAAACAAGGACUUUGAGCUUGCACAUUCUUACUUGGCUUUAUUUCUGAAGGUGUAUGGUGAAGAGAUUGCAAGUAAAGUUCUGUUGUUGGCUGGUCUUGAAAAACUUGCACACUCACAGCUGCACUCUUGGAACCGAAUACAAGUCAUGCUUCAGAGGACCUUAGGGAUAGCGACUUACCUAAAAUCGGCAGUGGUGUGA